UUUCAAGUUGAUGUGACUUUUAAUUGUUUAAACUAAUUGAAUAAUUAAAUUUUAAUUUGUCAACCAAUUAGAUUAUGUGUUAUUUAUUCGUUUAAACGGUCUUUAGUUUUAAUAAUUCUCUCAAUUGUAACCAAUUAAAUUAACCCAAUAAGUUGAGAAAUUUGGUAAACAUAAAAAAAGGAACACAUUGUUUUCUAACUUGAAUGUGAUCAACUUUUCUUUCAAUUUGCUUAAUCAGUUUACUAUUGUGAUUAUUACUCUUUUUUUUUAAUCUGUGUUGUAUUUUUACAAAAGUUAAUUAGUCAAAUUUUUUACACAAUCAACUAUUUAAUUAAAUAUGAACAUUUUUCAAACUGUUAAACACCUUCACCAGGAAGGUUUAUACUCUAAUAUAGUUCAACUGUUAAACGUAAUGUUACCACAAUUAAAUAGCUAUUUGGAUUUACUACCUCAAAAAGAAUAUCAAAUUCAUAUUUAUCUAGGAGAUGCUUAUUUCCAUGAAGGUGAUUAUUGCAAAGCUGAGAAAAGUUAUCAGUUUGCAUUAGAUUUACGUAAAACAUUGGGUAAAAAUAAGAAGAAGAGUCAAAAUAGUUGGUUACUAGAUGUUUCCUCAGAAGUUGAUGUCAAGUGUAAAUUAAGUCAAUGUUAUUUAAAAAUGAAUCAACUUUCCAAUGCUAUUUGGAUAUUGGAGUGUAUUCCUCAGAAACAAAGAACUGCCAAAAUUUACAAUACCCUUGGGGAAAUUUAUCGUAAAGAAAGGAAGGAAUUAUUAGCCAUUGCCUGUUAUAAGGAAGCAUUGAAGGAAUGUCCUUUAGCCCUUCAGAUAAUAAUUAACUUGAUCAAAUUGGGCCUUAAGCCAAAUGAACUAAUUAACAUGGUUAAUGUCACCGGUUCACCAAAUUUUGAAUGGUUAACCAUUUGGAUUCAAGCUCAAUGUUCACUUUAUUCACCUGAUGUUAAUCAAGCCAUAACAUUAUUCCAACAGCUUCUUUCAUUGAAUCAUUUUCGCAAUAAUCCUGAUAUACUUCGAUCUCUUGGUGAAGCUCUUUAUUAUAGUGGAAAUUACAAAAAAGCCGUUUCCGCUUUCAAGAAGGCGCAUAUAAGUGAUCCAUUGUCUCUUAAAGCACUUGACUUUUAUUCUGCCUGUUUAUUCAGAGAGAAUCAAAUGAAAGAAUUGGAGAAACUUGCCAAUGAAAUGAUAACCAAAUGUGAUUCUAAUUGUACAGUUGCCGAACCCUGGAUUGUAUUAGGUUAUUAUUGUCUAGGUGUUGAACGUAAUGAUAGAACCAAUAAAAAAGAUCACAAGGAAAGUCGUUGGAUCGAUGGGCGAACAACCAAAGCUCAACAUUUUGUGGAAAAAGCUUGUGAGCUAAGUGAUAAUUCAAUUGAAGCGUUAAUUUUAGGUGGACUUGUGGAAUUGCAAGUUCACACUUACAGAUUAGACGAUGAGUUAAGUAAAAAGCUCAAUGAUCGUAACAGUACCCGUAAAGAUUUAAUGAAAGAAGAUCCUUUUAAAGAUGCUAGAAGAUAUUUUAAAGAAGCGCUCGAUGUGUCUGCUUAUCGAUUCGAGGCUUUAAAAGGCUUAACCGCCGUUUAUCUUGCUGAAAACAAAAGAUCUCAAGGUUCGUCGGUUGUCAGUAAUGCGUUUAAACUUUUAGGCCAAAACCCGAGGACUUUAACGCUUUAUGCUGAAGUUUUACUUUCUGAUCCGGACAAAGGUUCGAAUAAGAAAAAUGCUCGAACUUCACUGGAAAAAGCGAUUAAAAUGGACCCAGGUCAUCUUCCCGCUGUUUACUUAUUGGUUAAACUUUACAACGAAGAGAAAAAUAUUGACAAGGCCAUCGAGACACUUUUAAAUGCAAUCGAAGAAGAAAGUAACGAAAAACUUCAUCGUAUGUUAGGUGAUUGUUAUAAAGAAAAAAAUGAGCAAGAUAAAGCUCUUCAUCAUCACAAUAUUGCCUCUAAAUUGGAGGUCAAUUAUGGUGCAAAUUGUAUUGCCUCUCAACGAUUGGAACAUCCAUCAUGUAGAUCAGGAGCCAAUGAGGCAACGAUUGAAGUUGAAGAUGAACCCGAGAUGGAAGAUGAACCACAAGAGUCCGAAAAUGAUAUUGACGAAAGUGAACCCGAUAAUCUUGGUUGGCCUUAAUUUUUUUUUGUCUCAAAUUUUGUAAAAAUGAUCCUAAUCAUAAAUAUAUAUAAAUAUAUAAACGUCAGUUUUUUUAAAUUGA